CCGGUCAGGGUCCCGCGAGUGCGACGUUUGGGGGACAUGUCCGAGCGAUGGGCUAACGUAGACGCGAGCUGUGGCCCCAUGGACGCGUCGUAUCAGGAGCUCUGGGGCCCCGCCGCGCUGGCUCGCGCCCAGAGGAACGACCUCGAGACGCCCCUGGAAAACGAGCUCGGACUGUUGAGGGCGAUGCGCAAGCGGUGCGGGCCUUUCGCGAGCGUGGGCAAGAUGGUGACGCACCUCAGAAGCGCGCGGGGGAAGCUGCACUGGUCCGUGAACGGAUACUUUCGCGAGACUGUGCUGGACGCCGGCGGCUCCGUCGACUUCGCGCCCAGACCCUCGGCGCGAGAGGACGCCGGCCGGGGCGCCACCGACGGCGAGGAGGAAGAUGUCGAACACGGGGAAAAAGGGCACGAGGAGACGCCGUCGUUGCCUUCCCUGGUCUGGGAGAUGCUCCUAUCGCGCGUGACGCUGCCGGACGUGUGUCGUCUCGCUCGCGUCUCGCGGCUCACGAGGGACAUCGCGCGGUCAAACGCGGUGUGGAGGGCGCAGUUCGUCGCCAGGUGGGGGGAGCCCGCGGCGUGUCGGGUAGCCGCGGCGAGGUUUGCGAAACGCCGCGGGCGCGAACCGCGCAUCUUCCACGGCGGAGAGGGGUUCGACGGGAGCGGCGGGGGAAGGCCAGGGUUUGCCGCGGGGGAUGACGUCGACGACGACGGUGUCGUUCCGUCGUCGGCAAGGAACGAUCCAGUCGCCGACUGGAAAGACGAGUACAGACAGAGGCACGAGAAGGAGCGAAAGAUGACCUGCCCCGAGUGCCACGCCGCGAGGGUAACGCCCAUCGUGUACGGGUUCCCCUCACCCCAGCUGGUGACGGCGCUCAAAAAGCAAAAGGUUCUGCUCGGGGGAGACUACCUGGUGGAGGGUGAUCCGAGCUGGGCGUGUCGCGCGUGUCAGAGCCGGUGGCGAGCCUGGCCGUUUGCGUGGCCGGCGGUGGGUCCGGAGCAGGAGAGAUUGGGUAUCGCGCCGCACCCGGGGCUUUCGGGUAAGAGCGGGUGCGGUCCAGGGCUCGGUACGGACCUGGAUGACGCACAGCCGCUACCGGAAUGGGAGUUGGAGAAACCUCCAUUCAUACGGACGUACACGGACUCUGAGGACGGUUCGCAGUGACUGCCACUUUAUAUCGACUAAGGUGCAAACAGCUUUGCAAGUAGUGCCAA